AUGGCAGAUACUGUCGACUGGGAAAGAUUUAUAGAUUUUUACCUAGCUUCCCAUAUUUGCCCAACUGUCAGUGUUGAUAUCUUUCUUCCAGUGGAUUCAGAUGAGGCGCUGCACCUGGUGGCAACAUCUUACUACCGGUCAGGGAAACCAGGUAGAGCAUACUCUGUCCUCCACACCCAUGGCACACGCACACCGCAGCUCAGGUUUCUUAUGGCCAGAUGUUGUUACGAUCUUGGGAAGUUGGAGGAGGCAGAGACAGUCCUGACGGGUGGGAGUGUUCUUCAUCCCAAGACUGUGGAUGAACUAGCGAAUGAGUAUGGAGACCUAGCUUGCUUUGCCCUGCAACUCUUGGGACUCAUAUGCGCUAGAACAGAAAGACUUUUAAGAGCAGCAGAUGCUUUCAAGAGAUCAUUGAAGCUCAAUCCAUUUUUAUGGCAGUCAUUUGUUGCACUCUGUGAUCAGGGGGACAAAAUUGAUCCCUCGAAAGUUUUCAGGUUGGACUUGUUAGAAACUUUUUCAAAUUGUCAUGGUAACACGGUGCUAACUUUAGUUAACAGUGCCAAUCCUGCAAACAAUGUCAGUGUCAACUCAGACUCAGGAGUCACCAAUAAUACGUUAAAUAGUGUAUCAGUGAAUACCCCCUCUGAUGGUGUUCAGCAGACUCACAUUCCAACUCCUGUUCAGAACACUCCCAAUAAUUUAUUACCCAUUAUUAAUACACCAGUACAGAGCCUAAGUAACAUGAGUACUCCAGUACCCAUCUCGUCUCAGAAUACUCCUGUGGCUGUAAUGGUCACACCUGUGCAGGAUAGAGGUGGUGGCGACACUGGUGAUGGAGUCUUUCAGGCCCCUAAAAAGAAAAAGUUUGUAAGAAUUAAGAGCAUGUUGGGAGGACCAUGGUCAGUGAGCCCCAUGACCCCCAGCUUUGGGGUACUACCUCUGGAUGUUACCAGCCCUGUUGGUGACAAUGAGCAGUCACCUCUAAACAGUUCUGUGGCCUUCCUUACGCCUUCACCACUCACCCUUUCCCAGCUAGACACUGAACCAAACACCAAAGUUCCUCCACCAAUAAGUAAAAGGAUAUUAUGUAGAACAACAAAAGACUCCCCCCUGGUUUUAAACAAGCCUGCAGUGUUUGCACCAGCUGGGAAUAAUAGCAACUUCCAAAGCCCCCCAACUGGGCAGCCAAACCCCAAUGUUCGCAGAUCAUCUAGACUCUUUGGCAACAGCAAUUCUGUUAAGGAGAACAACAAAAGCCGCUUUGUAGCACCAAAAUCUCCUGCUAGGAAAGCAAAAACUCGAUCCUCCAAAAGUCAGUCCAGCUUGUCAGAGCUAAAUGAGAAGAACAAGAGCGAGAACCAAGACAUAAUUUCGCCGUCAGACAAACCACUUUUAGAGAAGCCAACCACACCUCAGAAUCUUGCACAACAAGCACACACUAUACAGAAACAGUCUGCUGAGGGUUUGAUGGCACUUCUUCGGGAUAUGGGUGCAGCAUAUCAGCAGUUAGCACAAUACAACUGUGCCCGUGCUAUAGAGCUACUUACUGCCCUCCCCACACAACACUACCGCACAGGCUGGGUUUUGUCACACAUUGGCAAGGCACACUUUGAGAUGAACAAUUAUCAACAGGCAGUAAAAUACUUCAGUGAAGUUAGAGAAAGAGAACCACAUCGUUUGGAUAUUAUGGAGUAUUAUAGUACAGCUCUAUGGCACUUGCAGAAAGAAGUCCAGCUAUCAGCGCUUGCUCAGGAUCUGAUAGAGGAAGACAGGGAAUGUCCCCAAGCCUGGUGUACGACUGGGAACUGCUUCUCUCUCCAGAAGGAACAUGAAGCUGCAAUAAGGUUUUUCUCAAGAGCCAUUCAGGUUGAUCCAAACUUUGCAUAUGCCUACACUUUGUUGGGCCAUGAGCACAUAGCAACAGAAGAGUUGGACAAGGCGUUGAGUUGUUACAGAAGUGCUGUCAGAAUAGAUCCACGGCACUACAAUGCAUGGUAUGGUAUUGGUUUAGUACUGUUCAAGCAAGAAAGGUUUGCUCAAGCAGAGUCUCAUUUCAAGAAAGCACUUGGUAUUCACCCGCAUAGUUCUGUUCUCAUGUGCCAUGUGGCUGUGGUGGAGCAUGCUCUUCAGAAGAGUAGUGCAGCACUUGCGACGCUGAACCGUGCACUAGCUGUAGAACCCCGCAAUCCACUUUGUAAAUAUCACAGAGCAUCUAUCUUGCACGCAACAGAUCGCCAUCAAGAAGCCCUCGCAGAGCUAAAUCAGCUUAAGGAGAUAGUUCCUAAAGAGUCUAAUGUCUAUUUCCUUCUGGGGAAGGUGCACAAAAAGUUGGGCCAGACCCACCUCGCAUUAAUGAAUUUCUCAUGGGCCAUGGACCUUGAUCCCAAAGGUGCCAAUAAUCAGUUCAAGGAAGCCAUCGACCCAGCCAUCAACCGUUUCCCAGUGGACGAUGAGGACACCACCAAUAAUAACCCACAUGAUAAUGGUGGGUUCCUAAGCAGUGAAGCCAGCUCUUUGGCCCCAGCAGAAUCAUCCCAGGAAUCACUCAUACUAGAACCACAGCAAUUACCAAACAUGGAGAGUUUAAGUGAUGACAGCUUAUAAUAAUGGCAUUUUUAGGCAUCAGAUAUUCUAUACAAGUUUUGAAGUGUUGUAAAAAGGAUUGAUGAUUUUCGUAUGUUAGAAAGGAUGCUGUAAAGAAAAAAUAUAAAAAUAAUUUUGCCAUUGUAUAUCUGUUAAAAUGAAAAGAAAUACAUAUUAAAAGUAAUAUAGGCAAAAGAUUGGAAUAUUUAUAAGAACUAUAAGCUAAGAACAGUGAAAUAAUCUGCUACAGUUUAGUGCCUGGUUUAUGAGGGUAUCAGAACCAGUAAGAAUUUCAGUAAGCUUGCAGUAGUCAUGUCAUUGGAGGAGGUGUAAUUAGCAUUCAUCAUACAGACUUGUAAAUGUGUGAAAAAAGUUCAGUAUGUUCUUCCAAAUAAAUAUUUUUCUUAGUUGGGUUUCAAGAAACAAAAGAGAUUAAUUUUUAAGGAAAGGUUUUCAUUGGAGACUGUAUGGUUACUCAGAUGUGAAUUCUUCUUUUGUUUCUUUCACUAAAUUUCUUUACUCAAAUAAGACGGAUGGAUGGCUUUCAAGUUUCUGGCCUUUCACUACUAGUCAGCACAAUAUAGGUUUACAGGAGAUGGCAGGUAAAUGAAUCUUAUUAUUCUAAAGACUAGAAUGUACUCAAAGAGAAGUAAUUAUACUCCAGUUGGAGCAAAUUAUGAAAAAGAAAAAAUUGAAAGUCAUUUAGUUUUUAUUUUUAACAAGUUAAAAGGCAAUCUAUGUGAUCUGUACAUUUUCUCGUAUAUCAUUGUAUGAAUGAAUUCAAUUUUUUCUGUAUUUAUUUGUUUGACAUAAUAUCAAAUAAUUAAAAGAUUUUUUAUUCAUAAAAGAUUUUUUUCUUAUUUAUCUUUAUUUCUAGGAGAGAAACAUAUUUUGUAGUAGCUGUAAUUAUGUUGUAAUCUAUUGCAUUCAUAUAUUUUUAUUCUUACUGAUUGACACAAAAUACUUAAUCCAUAAAUUUUUGGAAAGUCUUCAAGCAUUAAUGCAUUUCUAUCUACCUAGUCUCUUUAAAGAUAUGAUGUGAGUUAGAAUGGCAAAAAUUUGUGAGGCAAUAUGCACAUUCUGUAUUAGAUUGCAUUUAAUUGGAAUAUAUCAAGAGUAAGCUUACUACAAAAGAAAGUUGAAUGUGACCAGUGAUAUACAAACCAAAUGAGAAGAGAAUCCUACACAUGUAUACAUAUAGAAGUUGAUCUCAUCUUAUAAUAUAUGAUCAUCGAACUGUAGGAAAUGAAUUGGCUAAUGCCAGCAAAAGAAGUUCAGGAUUGCAAACCUCACCAGAAGUAAGGUUAUAUUCACUAUUUAAAUUGUUUUGUUGCUGGCAGUUUGACAUUAAAUAUCCUCUGGGA